AUGCGUUUGUUUGCUACCGGUCGAGCCCUACGCGCUAGUAGUGGGCGCUGGUCCAUUGCCGUGGCUCGUCCGAGAGUGCCUAUCCCCCGAACCCAAUCGCUCCGCGAGUCUAUCCCAGCUGUCUCUCGGCACUGGAGUUCGACUACAGCUCGCCCGACAGCAGAUCAGAGCUCCGGUGCGGGCCAGGUCAAUCAGCCGCCAAAACCCCGAUCAAGCCUCAAAAUUGAGGGCGACCACUAUCCCACGGACCAGUGGACCAAUACCCCUGAUACAAUCUUAUCCCAUGUUGGACAACGUCUGUACCUUGAUGAGAACCACCCUCUCGCCAUCACACGAAAGCUCAUUGAGAGCCAAUUCCCCGCACCGGUCUUCGGCAACUAUUUCGAGACGAACCCCGUCGUGACCACCACACAGAAUUUCGACGUGCUGGGCUUCCCGCCAGACCACCCGGGCCGCAGUCGCACCGAUACCUACUACGUCAACGACAAAACGGUGUUGCGCACCCACACGAGUGCACACCAACAGGCAUAUUUCCAACAAAUCAACUGCAAUGAGAAGACCCGCCCGGAGGAAGUUGGAUAUACCGUGAUUGCCGAUGUCUACCGCCGUGAUGCGAUUGACCGUAGCCACUACCCAGUCUUCCACCAGAUGGAGGGAGCUAUGCUGUGGAAGCGGCCUGAGAGCAACCCACUCGAAGCCUCUCAAGAAACUGCCGCAAAGAUCAAUGCAGAUGUUGAUCUGAUCCCGCGCCACAAUGUUCCAGUCGAAGACCCCAACCCAACACUUCACCCCCAGCGCAACCCGUUGCAAGCAGAGCACCACAGCGAGGAGGAGGUCGGUGCCAUUGCGGCGCACCUCAAGCGGUCCCUGGAGCGCAUGGUCAUCAUGGUCUUCACGGAAGGGAACAAGGCUGCCGCCGCAAGCUCUGGUAGUGACGUCGAGCUAGAGCCUCUGAAGGUGCGCUGGGUGGAAGCGUACUUCCCCUUCACCAGCCCAUCAUGGGAGCUCGAGGUUUUCUGGCAGGGUCAAUGGCUGGAGAUCCUUGGCUGCGGAGUGAUUAAACAAGAUCUCCUGAUCAACUCCGAUGUUCCCAACCGCGUCGGCUGGGCAUUUGGCCUGGGCAUCGAGCGCAUUGCCAUGCUCCUCUUCAACAUCCCCGACAUCCGCCUCUUCUGGUCCCGCGAUGAGCGCUUCCUGUCCCAGUUCCGCGCUGGCCACAUCACCCGCUUUGAGCCUUUCUCCAAACACCCUGCCUGCUACAAGGACGUUGCGUUCUGGCUGCCUCCCGCCGCUGUUACCGGCGGUAGCAGUGCCGCGGGCGGUGCCGUGCCGUUCCACGAAAACGAUGUGAUGGAAAUAGUUCGUGGUAUCGGCGGUGAUCUCGUCGAGGAUGUUACAUUGAUUGAUGAGUUUACACAUCCGAAGUCUGGACGCAAGAGCAUGUGCUACCGCAUCAACUACCGUAGUCUGGAGCGGACUUUGACAAACGAAGAGGCUAACGAAAUGCAUGACAAGGUACGGUCUAAGCUUGUUGGCGACCUUGGAGUGGAAUUGCGGUAA